ACAAUAUUUUCCCACGCUUCCCGACAAGCCGGUCCCGAUUAGAGUCAGACAGGCGCUGUUGCGUGGCCCGUUCUCCAGAACAUCAAGGCCCCGGGCAGGCGGCUUUCCGAUGCGAAGGCUCCUUUGGUUACGCUCGGCAGGAAGGGAUGGGUGGGGGCAAUGCGCUCCGGGCACCGCCCCGGGGCCGCGUCACGGGCGGGCGGCCGGCGCGGCGCGGCCGGCGCGGAGCGCUGCGGGCAGUGGCGCCAUGCACUCCCUCGCCCAGGAGAUCCGAAGCUUCUCCAGGGCCAACCUGCGGAAGCAGCGCACCCGCGUCACCACGCUGACCGGCCGCAGGAUCAUCGAGACGUGGCGCGGCGCCUGCCUGCACAUGGAGGAGGAGGAGGAGGCGGCGCCCGACGGCGGCUUCGUGCAGGAUCUCAGCGCUGACCUCCAGGUCGGCGUGGUGAAGCCCUGGCUGCUGCUGGGGUCGCAGGAUGCUGCUCACGACCUGGAGACGAUGAGAAAGCAUAAGGUCACUCAUGUUCUAAAUGUGGCAUAUGGAGUCCAAAAUGCCUUCCUCGAUGACUUUACAUACAAGACCAUUUCCAUUCUGGACCUCCCAGAAACUGAUAUUACCUCCUAUUUCCCUGAAUGUUUUGAGUUUAUUGAGAAAGCCAAGAUCCAGGAUGGCGUGGUACUGGUGCACUGUAAUGCAGGAGUCUCCCGUGCAGCGGCUGUAGUUAUUGGUUUUCUAAUGAAUUCAGAAAGACUGAGCUUUGCCAGAGCCUAUUCCGUGGUGAAAAAUGCAAGGCCUGCAGCUUGUCCAAAUCCUGGCUUCAUGGAGCAGCUUCACAAGUACCAAGAACAGAUUGUAAAGGCAAAUGGAAGCAUAAACAGUCAUGACUGAUCCAAAGCAAGAAGUGAAAUAAUCUGUUUUGACUAUACAGGAUUUGUAUGUACUUUAAACCCCUUUCACAUGUGCAUUUUCAAGUCUUUAUAUAUUUUUUUUCUUACCCUCCUUUCACCCUGUUUUUUUCCAGCAUGUCAUCGAAAAGUCAAAUGGUGUACUGACUUCAGAGAAGUUUUGCCUAAAACAGAGCACUAAUAAAAGGAUACAGCUCAGUUUUCCUUGAAAUAUUAGAAAACAGUAGAAUGAUGGUUUGCUUAUUGAACCAUGAGAAAAUGCAGGCAAUAGAGAAAGGAAGUAAAAUAACUGAGAUAAGUUGCUUUCUUUCCAAAUCUGCGCAUUCUUACUCGGUUGUAAAAUCUAGAUAAUAACAUGUUCAAAUAGUGAAGUACCUUGAUAUUGGAAUUUAAAAUUAUAUUGCAACUAUAGAUGGUAUUAUUGAAUUUUGUGGGCUAGCCAGCCAUUAAUUUUUUUUAAAAUUAAAACAACGGUCUUUUGAGGAUGCUCAAAAUGCAUAGGAUGCUUUAAUGCUUUGUGUAUUUCUAUUGUUUAUCAUCUAGUAGUGAUUUGAAGUGCACUAACAUGAUGAAUCCAGUCUUGGAACUAACAGGGUUUUUUUUACCUGUAAAUCAUUUCACUAGAGAUACAAAAAAUUUUGAUAAUGAUUUGUCUCUGCUCAUGCUACUGUCUUCACAUCUAGUCCUCAUGUACUGUCCCCUCACUCCAUUCCACAUCAUAUGUAAAGAACAUAUAGGAUAUGUAAUUUUGACCCUCCUGAGAGAUCCCAGGCUGAAGUUACUGUCUUAAUAUGUCAUGCUUUAAAAAAAAAAAACCAAACAAAACUCCGCAAGAUUUUAAUAGUAUUUUGUGGCCUUCAAGCCAGCUCUUAAUAUAUUUAUUAAUAUGCAACAAAAUAAAGAGAACACUGUGUUUGGAUAAA